GUGGGGCCCUUCGGUGGCCGUCUCGGGGGCAUGAUGUUGUGUCACAGUGGCCGCAUCCUCUUUGCAUGCUCUAGUCUUCAUCAAACGACCGGCAGCAUGUGUAUGUAUGCCGGUAAACAAAGAGCCAAGCAUGCAGAGCGCCGGUCACGAUUCGAGUUUGUUGUCCGUGGGGCUUUUGGUGGUUGCUGAUGGUGACAGUGAGGGCGUCCUCGGCGUUCCUGGCGUUCUGCAGGAGGCCAAACAGCAAUCCUGUGAUUUGUGGCAGCAAACCUUAUGUGACCUCAUGUCAAGUCACGUUUUGGACGCCACUCUUCGGCAACCCCGGGGCGGACGUCUUGUCAUUGCUGGCGAAAAGACGAAAGAAUGCAAAAUAUCCCAUCCACUCGUCAAAUUGAAAAAUAACAAGACAUGGGUUCCAACCACCCUCUGCCACCUACACCAUGCGAGCACCGAGUCUGGGCGGACGCAAAGAUCACAAGGUUGUCUGAACCCAUGUCUUGUUAUUUUCCAAUUUGACGUGUGGAUGGGAUAUAUGUGAGAGUGAUGAGAGGUGUGUGAGCUUGAAGUCGAUGAGCUGAGAGUUGAGAUGAGUGAGAUGAGAUUUGUCUUGGAGGGUUGAUGAGUAAUACUCUCACUACCUAAGCCUAGACCAAUCAAAACUGCCAAAGGGGUGGGUCUCGCUUACUGGUUGGUGAGAAGCCAUCUGAUCUGGUGAGAAUGAUUAUGACUAAACCUGAGUGAAAUGAACCAACAAACGAAAAGCCCCGAGACAACCAUCUUCCUUUAUAGCCUUAGCCAUCAUCUUUAGAAGAUAGUGACUGUUUUUCGCCUUAGUUGGCGGCUGCCCGCCCUGCUUCGGACCCGCUUACUCGCGGCCCGACCCUGGCUUCGGCUAUCCGAAGUGAGGAGGAGUCUGAUCGUUCCCGGGCGCGCCGGCCUACUGACUUUUUGCGCAGUUGAACGCUGCCAUGACGAAGACGGUGUGCAUUGUUGGGGCCGGGCCUUCGGGUCUCGUGGCCGCCAAGUCUCUUCUCCACGACGUGCCCAGGGGCACUUUUGAGGUCACCAUUGUCGACUCCCAACCUCGACUGGGGGGUCUCUGGCCAUCCCAGAAGGACGACAAUGGUGGCCUCAUCCAUCCUCUCAUGGUCGCCAACCAGAGCAAACACACCGUCCAAUUCAGUGAUCUCGCUUGGCCCGAAGAUGCCCCUGAGUUGCCGCAAGCGUGGCAGGUUGGCCAGUAUCUAGAUCGGUACUACAAAGCGUACUGCCUCGCGGCAGAGCUAUGCCUAGAAACUCGCGUUGAGAGGACCGAGAAAACUCGUUCUGGAUCCUGGCGUGUUUGGACUCGCUCAAAGGAUGGAACUCUGGGAGAACGUCCCUUCGAUUAUCUCCUCGUUGCUUCGGGCUAUUUUGGGAAGCCAGCAGUCCCUGGGUCCGACGUGAUUCCUGAGCAUCCCGAAGUACCCGUCAUCCAUAGCAGCAAGUACCGAAAUCUAAAGGAUUUGCUUGGAGGAGGUAAUCCCAAAGGGGGCAAGAUUCUUGUUGUCGGAGGCCAAAUGUCAGGCGUCGAGAUUGCCGGCACCAUUGCUACACACUUGUCUUCUGUCACGAACUCGCCUGGAGCAAGCCCAAUAGCGAACCCUGAGAAAUACUCUGUCCAUCACAUUAUUCAAAAACCGGUCUGGGUAAUGCCAAUGUUUCUAUCACCAAAGGCAAGCUCACCGGCGCCCCCCUUCCUGCCGUUGGACUUGGCGUCCUAUAACCUCUCCAACCGUCCCCACCCAUUGACGAAUACGCAAGGCCACAUUACCGAGGAGUCAGCAAUUCGAACCAGUUCCCUUUACGAAACUGCUCUCGGAACAGACCAGUCCAUCUAUUCCCCUGCACUCGCCUUCACCCACAAGGACCAUGCCAACCCACAGUUCAUAGCAGUCAGCGACAACUACAACGAGUUCGUUCGGUCAGGCCUCAUCACUGUGACCCAGGGCAAACUGGACAAGCUUUCCGGUCAUGAGGCUAUCAUCUCGCCAACAGGGGACAAAGUCGACGACAUUGUAGCAGUGGUUUUGGCGACUGGCUUCAAAGCAUCUGACUCAAUCUCCUUUUUACCGCAGGAAGAACUGGAGACGCUUUCUCUUUCUCCAGACGAUCUGAACAACACCGUUGCGUUGGCAUUCCAUGGCACAUAUCACCCUUGCAUCUCCAACCUUGGAUUCGUGGGAUUCUACCGAUCUCAAUACUGGGGUGUGAUGGAGAUGCAAGCUCGAUUUGUCACGACUCUCUGGAACGCCGGCGGAUCAGGAUCUGUUGCUCUGACCCAAGCCCUGAAACAAGCUUUGGACAAGGACAAGUCUAUUCAACGGACGGUCGCACUUCGGGACGACCCACGAGCAUCUCAGUUCCCCAUGGGAGACUACGCCUGGCUCAUGCAAGAAUUUGCCACAGCAUUGGAAAUGGAGCGUGUGGACCAUCUCGGUGCUAUGCCCGCACUCCCCCCUGCUGGCAGCGAGAUGAACAUUCUGACUCCGGCGCGAUAUCCAUCGAAGAGGCUUAACGAGUUUCAGCAGCCGGAAUUCACCAAAUCUCUAAAGCAGACCGAAGCAACAGUAUGGGCAGGUGUAUCAUCUGGCAAAUUUGUCGCAAAGGCCGUGUUUCGGUCUCUACUGGGAGAGUGGAAGCUGGAGAGGAAACUCACAAGCAAGCUUCCCAGUCACCCUAGCGGUCAUUUCAGCGGUACGGCCAGUUUCUUGCUCCGGGAGGGCACAAGAGAUGGUCGCGAAUCCGAAUUCGACAAGAUUGUCCAAGAAGGCGGUGAUAUCGGCAUGGAGUACCUGUACAUCGAAGAAGGCGACUUUGAGGCCGACAGCGGCUUCACCUUCCGAGCCACUCGUCGCUACAUUUGGCGCUACAACGAGAACAAGGACGAGCUCAGUGUCUGGUUUGCGAAGACGGAUGAUCAGAAGAGGGCCGAUUACCUCUUUCACAAGGUGGAAUUUACGGUGCCAAAGGACGAUAACGAAAAGAGCUGGAAGGCGACGGCUGGACACAUGUGUAUCAAGGAUUAUUACGACGUCAAGUAUGACUUUCGCUUCAAGGCGGUCAACCUGGUGGAUUGGAAUUUGGCGUACACUGUCAAUGGCCCGCAGAAGGAUUACACGAUCGAUGGCACCUACACCCGUUGAGACUUUUGUACAUACCUAGAAAGAUUGUCAGCUCCUGUCCUGAAUUUUACGAGCACAAUCCUCAUUACUGGCUUCUUGGGCGGCAUGCGAUGAACAUGAGAGGUGAACUCGCAUAAGGUAAGUUAGUUAUCUUUGCGCCAAGCGGUUGCGAUGAGAUUUCAACGGUUCCG